AUGUCCUUUCUGUCCGGGCACUCGCUCCCACAACACUGCGAGCCCUCGUCCGAGUUCCUCGCCUGGAUCUCGUCUACAUUCCACAUAUGCAUCCCCAGCACACUUGGUCUUGUAUCCUCGAUUCUCGGUUGUCUGAGUAUCGUCUCCUGGUUGUUCGCUCAGCUGCCGCAAAUAUACAAAAACUAUAAACUGCAGUCGACUGCCGGGCUGUCAGCCUUUUUCCUGGUGGAAUGGUGUCUCGGUGAUACGACAAAUCUGGUCGGUGCGCUGUUUACUCGCCAGGCCUCAUGGCAGGUUACUAUUGCUUCGUACUACGUCUUCGUUGAUAUCGUGCUCGUGUUUCAGCAUUUCUGGUACACUUACGUCAAGAAACAGAGCAAAGGGAAGAGUGGACUCAGGUUCGACGACUCUUUCGAUCAGGACCAGCAGAACGGUCCCAUCUUGGAGGGCGUCCGCAUUGAUGCGGCCGGACACACAAAGACAAAUCAUCUCAUGCCUCCAUCCGAGCCCAAGGAUAUGGGCCUGCCGAAGAAACAAGGCCCCGAGUCUCCGCAAUUCUACUCGCCGUCUUAUUCGGAAAAGUCCAAAAAUAUGCGUGCCCACCGCGAGGGCCGCCCGAGCGGCAGUCUUCCUCUCGGAGUCUCGCCGAAGACAAUCAUCCUGACGUCUAUGCUCUGUGCCGUGCUGGCAAACGCAUCUCCGACCGACACGACCCAAAGCCGGGAGUCAUCGCAUGAGCUCGACAUCGAGACCGCUGGCCGGAUUCUCUCCUGGAUGUCGACCAUUCUCUACCUCGGCUCUCGUCUGCCUCAGCUAUACAAGAACUACAUCCGCAAGAGCACCGCGGGCCUUUCGCCGCUUCUCUUCAUGGCCGCUUUUUCCGGAAACUUUUUCUACUCUGCAUCUCUCCUCGCCAACCCCAACGCCUGGUACGACUUUCCCGCUUAUGGCGGAGGCGGCUGGGCUGAUGCCGAGGGUAACGACCGUGCGGAAUGGGUCACACUCGCCCUCCCUUUUUUCCUAGGCGCUGCCGGUGUCCUGAGUCUGGAUGCAUUUGUCGGGGUACAGUUCUUGAUAUACGGCGACAACGUCGAUGAUUCUGCCACCGUCGAUUACGACCCUCAGCAUUCACCCCGUCGAAACUGGAGGCGCGUGAGCGGCUGGAUGCGCGGCUGGGUUCCUUCAACCGAAUUCAACAAAUUGCUUCUGAGCAACUCGCGAUCAACCACUCAGUCGAACGAAACACAGGCCCUGUUGGUGAAUGCACCUGAUAGCAGUCAACCUGGCUAUGGCGCUGUUUGA